AUGGCCCAUCACCAGCGCCCAAUUUAUGGCCCUGCCGACUACCCCGUCGCAGGAAAACGCGAGGAAACAGGUCUUUUGACGCGCUUCGUGCCCGACAGAUUGAAGGCGACGGCCUUGUACCGCUGGAUCUUACGCUUCACUCGCCUCCUACAAUUCAUUUCCUCCGUCAUUUCUCUCGGAAUCUUCAGUCAGCGCCUGUAUAAGGUAUACCGCCUAGUUAAUAGUAUCAAGACCCGUCGCGGCGUCAACGGCGCAUAUGGUGCUGUUGAAGGCAUUCUCGCCGCCGCCGUACUGUACACGCUUAUCACCGUGCUUCUAUCAUGCAUCAAGAAGUCUGCCAACCCCGGAGGAAGGAAGCUACGAUGGUCCUGGGUUCUUCUCGAUCUCUUGUUUGUCGGAGCGUUCAUUGCAGUCGCAGUGCUAACCCGUCCAAAUGGCGGCCGCGCUGGCGCCAGGCACUGCUAUAACCCCAGGCGUCUAGUCGGUGGUGAUAGCUCAAGUAAUAUCACCGGUGAGACGGCGAAUAGACGCGAUGAUUCUUGCAACCUGCCGUGGGGCACGUUCAUCUUGGCUAUCAUUAGCACGCUUCUUCACGCGCUCACUGCCGCAUUCCACGAGAUUAAGGACUACCGUCGCAGAGACAGGCUUGACCACGAGAAGAACCUCCAGAACCAGUACGCCGCUGGCCAACCUGGUGCGCCUGGCGCGCCUGGCGGUUCGCAUACUGUUCGUUACUAAGCGUGCGAUGGGAAUGAUCCGGAAUAUGUAAACGUAACAACGAAGGGAAAGCAUAGGCGUUCGGGUCCUGUACAAUACACCUUGAAGUAACCUCAUGAGUAAUGAUUAAUGAGGGUGGCUGUCCAUGUAGAAUACAAAUUUUGGGAAUUU